GCCUGGAAUGGGAGGGAGCAGGAGGUAUCGCGAGAGUUGGCCCCAAGCCUUGUGGGAGCUGUAAUUAUGGCGAGCUUGGGGGUAGAGGCUGAGCAGGAGCCGCUCUUAGGCCACAGCAUACCCGGAAGCAGAGAAUGGGAUAUUAUAGAAACUGAGGAGCAUUAUAAGAGCCGAUGGAGAUCUAUUAGGCUUCUGUAUCUUACUAUGUUUCUUAGCAGUGUAGGAUUUUCUAUUGUGAUAAUGUCAAUAUGGCCAUAUCUCCAAAAGGUUGAUCAGACUGCCGAUGCAAGUUUUUUGGGCUGGGUUAUUGCUUCUUUUAGCCUUGGCCAAAUGGUCGCUUCACCUAUAUUUGGUUUGUGGUCUAACUAUCGACCAAGAAAAGAACCUCUUACUGUUUCCAUUUUCAUUUCGGUGGCAGCCAACUGCCUCUAUGCAUAUGUCCAGGUUCCAGCUUCUCAUAAUAAAUACUACAUGUUGGUUGCUCGUGGAUUGGUGGGAUUUGGAGCAGGAAAUGUAGCUGUUAUUAGAUCGUAUAUUGCUGGUGCUACCUCUCUUCAGGAAAGAACAAGUUCCAUGGCAAACACAAGUGCAUGUCAAGCAUUAGGUUUUAUUCUAGGUCCAGUUUUUCAGACUUGUUUUGCACUCAUUGGAGAAAAGGGCGUGACAUGGGAUACCAUUAAGCUGCAGAUAAACAUGUACACAGCACCAGUUUUACUUGGCGCCUUCCUGGGAAUUUUAAAUAUUAUUCUGAUUCUUACUGUAUUAAGAGAACACCGUGUGGAUGACUCAGGACGACAGUGUAAAAAUAUUAAUUUUGAAGAAGCAAGUACAGAUGAAGUUCAGGUCCCCCAAGGAAAUAUUGAUCAAGUUGCUGUUGUGGCCACCAAUGUUCUGUUUUUUGUGAUUCUGUUUAUCUUUGCCCUUUUUGAAACCAUUGUUACUCCAUUAACAAUGGAUAUGUAUGCCUGGACCAGAGAACAAGCUGUGUUAUACGAUGGCAUAAUACUUGCUGCUCUUGGAGUUGAGGCAGUUAUUAUUUUCAUGGGGAUAAAAUUACUUUCCAAAAAGGUUGGCGAGCGUGCUAUUCUACUGGGAGGACUCAUUGUUGUAUGGGUUGGCUUCUUUAUCUUGUUACCUUGGGGACAUCAGUUUCCCAAAAUACAGUGGGAAGACUUACAUAAUAAUUCAAUCCCUAAUACCACAUUUGGAGAAAUAAUUAUUACUCUUUGGAAGAUUCCAAGAGAAGAUCACAAUGAAGGACCAACUGGUUGCCCAGUUGAACAAGCCUGGUGCCUCUACACCCCCAUGAUCCAUCUGGCCCAGUUCCUCACAUCAGCUGUGCUAAUUGGAAUAGGCUAUCCAUCCUGCAAUGUUAUGUCAUAUACAUUAUAUUCAAAAAUUCUGGGGCCAAAACCUCAGGGUGUGUACAUGGGCUGGUUAACAGCGUCUGGAAGUGCAGCACGGAUUCUUGGACCCGUCUUCAUCAGCCAAGUGUACGCUGCCUGGGGUCCACGAUGGGCUUUCAGCCUCGUGUGUGGAAUGGUGGUGCUCACCAUCACACUCCUGGGUGUGGUUUACAGAAGACUCAUUGCUUUUUCUGUAAGGCAUGGAAGGAUUCAAGAAUAACCUAGCUAAGACUGGUGGAAAGUACCUGCUGUGUGGAACUUUCUCUUUUAAGGCUCUGCUAGACGAUUGCUAAGAGUCAGUUUCCUAAAGUCAGGUUGCAGAUAUUGCAUACGUUGAAUAACAAGAACAUAUAUUGAAUA